AUGAAUAUACCGAACUUGUUCUCCGACAAACUCGGCCCUUUCAACGUCGUAAUCCCUUGCUGCAUAAUCUCUGGCGUUCUCUGCAUAUGCUUCAUGGGUGCCACCUCCUCCGCCGGCAUCAUCGUACUCAUGGCAUUCUACGGUUUCUUCUCCGGAUCUUUCGUCUCGCUUCCACCCGCCAUCGUGGUUCAGCUGAGUAGUGACGCGCGAGACAAGGUCGGCACAAGGAUGGGUCAGGCCUUCGCUGUCGUGGGUGUGGGGCUGCUGAUUGGAACGCCGAUCGGAGGUGCGAUUCAAGAGCAAAGUGGUUUUGCUAGCUUGUGGGUGUUCGGAGGGUGUCUGCUAUUCGGAUGUGUGCUGUUGCUGAUUGCUGCUCGGGUAGCGUUCAAGGGGCGGAAGAUCAUGGUCAAAGCAUGA